AUGAUUGUUAAAUUGGUGUUUUGGGCUUUCGACGAAUGCUUUAGUGCCUCUUCAGUUUUGCGCCUGAUUUGCAUAAGGAGUAGGCUGCCCUUUUGUCUUCAUUAUGGGGACAUGAUUGCUGUUAUAGUAGAUCCCAAUUCCAAGCAUUUAGGAACCACUGUUUGGGAUGCGUCAAUGGUGUUGGUUAAAUUUCUGGUAAGUUGCCUUUUAUUUCUUCAUGCACUUGAAACUGUAGAGCACGCCUUCCCUGGCGUUGUUGUUGAUUCUUGGCUGUUGUACCCAGGACUUAGGGAAAGGAAUUGCAGAAAGGGAAGGUUUUGCCCAUCCAAACUUAAAGGAAAACGUGUUAUUGAACUUGGAGCAGGAUGUGGAGUAGCUGGAUUUGGGAUGGCACUGCUAGGAUGUGAUGUAAUUGCAACUGACCAAAUAGAGGUUUUGCCACUGCUAAUAAGAAAUGCCGAACGCAAUACUUCAAGAAUAAUGCAGAUAGAUUCCAGUUCAGAUUCAUUUGGAUCGAUCCAGGUUGAAGAAUUGAACUGGGGGAAUGAGGAUCAUAUAAGGGCUGUUGAUCCACCAUUUGACUGCAUCAUUGGCACUGAUGUUGUUUAUGCAGAGCAUCUCUUGGAACCACUGCUGCAGACAAUACUUGCUUUAUCAGGACCGAAAACAACUAUUUUGUUGGGGUAUGAGAUCCGUUCUACCAACGUCCAUGAGCGAAUGCUUGACAUGUGGAAAAGAAACUUUGAGGUGAAAACUGUUCCGAAAUCUAAGAUGGACAGUAAUUACCAACAUCCAAGUAUUCAACUUUAUAUCAUGGGGUUGAAGCCUCCAGCUGGGUGCAUAGGAAACAUGAUUUCAGGAAUUGAGCAACAAACUGAUGAGGUUGAAACAGUAGAUAAGGUACUGGAAGAGGAUGAGAAUGGCUGCAGUAAUAAUACCAAGAGUAGGUUGAAAGAUUGCUGUAGUGAAAAGGUUCAUGAAGAUUGUGAGCUAGCAAUGAAAUUUCCAAAUGCAAAACUUACUGACUGGGAAGCAAGAAGAUUAGGCUCAAUGGCUGCUCGGCUUCUUCAAGAUAUGUGUGUCUCAUUAUUGUUUAAUUGCACGGAUUGGCUGUGGGAUGCUUUGGGAGCAAGCACAUGGUGCCAUCUGGGGUAUUGGGAAUUAAGAUCUGGAAAAUGGGAUUUAAGAGGGCAGUUUCAGUAUGCUGAAGCUGCAAUCAUUGCAUGA